AUGUUGCCAUCCCAACAUUACCUCCCACUUCACUGACCAGUGCCACUAAUGACCAUCUAGCACCAGCUACAACAGGACCACUGCCUUCAGCCCCGCGGGACGUCGUGGCCACCCUCGUCUCCACUCGUUUCAUCCGACUGACGUGGCGGACGCCUGUAUCGGACCCUCAAGGAGACAACCUCACCUACUCAAUCUUCUACACCAAGGAAGGUAUAAACAGGGAACGCGUGGAAAAUACGAGUCGUCCUGGAGAGACACAAGUGAUGAUCCAAAACCUGAUGCCAGAAACAGUUUAUGUCUUUCGAGUCGUGGCUCAGAACAAGCACGGCCCCGGAGAGAGCUCAGUACCGCUGAAGGUGGCAACCCAGCCUGAGGUUCAGCUUCCUGGCCCAGCACCCAACAUCCGGGCGUACGCCAGUUCACCCACCUCCGUGACUGUCACCUGGGAGACGCCGCUGUCUGGCAACGGAGAAAUCCAGAACUACAAGCUCUACUAUAUGGAGAAGGGACAGGACACGGAACAGGACGUUGAUGUAGGAGGACUCUCCUACACCAUUAACGGGUUAAAGAAAUACACCGAGUACACUUUCCGAGUGGUAGCUUACAACAAACACGGUCCCGGAGUCUCGACCCAAGAUGUUGUUGUACGAACGCUCUCAGAUGUCCCCAGUGCUCCACCGCAGAAUCUAACGCUGGAGGUACGGAAUUCCAAGAGCAUCAUGCUGCACUGGCAGCCGCCUCCGGCGGGGACGCACAGCGGGCAGAUCACUGGCUACAAGAUCCGCUACCGCAAGGUGUCCCGCAAGAGCGACGUGACGGAGAGCGUGGGUGGGACCCAGCUUGUUCAGCUGAUCGAAGGGCUGGAACGCGGUACGGAAUACAGCUUCCGCGUGGCGGCCCUGACUGUCAAUGGCACUGGACCAGCGACCGACUGGGUAUCGGCAGAGACGUUUGAGAGCGACCUCGAUGAAACUCGUGUUCCGGAAGUUCCAAGUUCCUUGCACGUCCGUCCGCUUGUCACCAGUAUCGUGGUAAGCUGGACUCCACCCGAGAACCAGAACAUCGUGGUGCGAGGUUACGCUAUAGGGUACGGCAUCGGCAGCCCGCACGCACAGACCAUCAAGGUGGACUACAAGCAGAGAUACUACACCAUUGAGAACCUGGACCCAAGCUCCCACUAUGUCAUAACUCUGAAGGCGUUUAACAACGUCGGGGAAGGGAUCCCUCUGUACGAGAGCGCGGUGACCCGGCCUCACUCAGACACUUCCGAAGUUGAUUUGUUUGUUAUUAAUGCUCCAUACACUCCAGUGCCAGAUCCGUCUCCCAUGAUGCCACCGGUGGGAGUUCAGGCUUCCAUCCUGAGCCAUGACACCAUACGGAUCACUUGGGCAGACAACUCUCUGCCGAAGAACCAGAAGAUCACAGACGCUCGCUACUACACAGUUCGCUGGAAAACCAAUAUUCCUGCAAACACCAAGUACAAGACUGCGAACGCGACCACUUUGAGCUAUUUAGUGACGGGGUUAAAACCAAACACCUUGUACGAAUUCUCCGUGAUGGUGACUAAAGGUCGAAGAUCAAGUACUUGGAGUAUGACAGCACACGGGACAACUUUUGAAUUAGUGCCUACUUCUCCUCCCAAAGACGUGACUGUGGUGAGCAAAGAGGGAAAACCUCGGACGAUAAUUGUGAACUGGCAGCCUCCUUCCGAAGCCAACGGCAAAAUUACAGGAUACAUUAUUUACUACAGUACGGAUGUGAAUGCUGAAAUACACGACUGGGUUAUUGAACCCGUCGUGGGAAACAGACUGACCCAUCAGAUACAAGAAUUGACCCUCGAUACGCCGUAUUAUUUCAAAAUCCAGGCCCGCAACUCGAAGGGCAUGGGGCCUAUGUCCGAGGCAGUUCAGUUCCGAACCCCAAAAGCUGAAUCCUCAGAUAAAAUGCCUAAUGACCAAGCGUCAGGAUCUGCAGGGAAAGGAAGCCGCCCAGUGGACAUAGGACCGGAUUACAAACCACCACUUGGUGGCAGUAACAGUCCCCACGGAAGCCCUACUUCUCCCUUGGACAGCAACAUGCUCCUGGUAAUCAUCGUGUCUGUUGGAGUCAUCACCAUUGUGAUAGUGGUGAUAGUCGCCGUCUUCUGCACUCGUCGUACAACUUCUCAUCAAAAAAAGAAACGAGCUGCCUGCAAAUCAGUGAAUGGGUCCCAUAAGUACAAAGGAAACUCCAAAGAUGUCAAACCUCCUGACCUUUGGAUCCAUCAUGAAAGACUGGAGCUAAAACCCAUUGAUAAAUCUCCGGAUCCCAACCCAAUCAUGACAGAUACCCCAAUCCCUCGCAACUCCCAGGACAUCACCCCGGUUGAUAAUUCCAUGGACAGCAAUAUCCAUCAAAGGCGGAAUUCCUACAGAGGGCAUGAGUCAGAGGAUAGCAUGUCCACACUGGCAGGAAGAAGGGGGAUGAGGCCCAAGAUGAUGAUGCCUUUUGAUUCUCAACCACCUCAGCCUGUGAUUAGUGCUCAUCCCAUCCAUUCACUCGAUAACCCUCACCAUCAUUUCCACUCCGGCAGCCUCGCUUCUCCAACUCGCAGCUAUCUCCAUCACCAGGUCAGCCCGUGGCCCAUUGGCACAUCCAUGUCCCAUUCAGACAGGGCCAAUUCCACAGAAUCCGUUCGAAACACACCUAGCACAGACACCAUGCCGGCUUCCUCCUCCCAGACGUGUGCUGACCACCAGGAUCCCGAAAGCACCGCAGGGUCUUACCUGGCUAAUGCACAAGAGGAGGACUCGGCUCAGAACCUCCCCACGGCACACGUCCGUCCGUCCCACCCGCUGAAGAGUUUUGCGGUGCCGGCGGUUCCCCCGGCUGGUUCCACGUAUGACCCGGCGUUGCCGAGCACACCGUUACUGACCCAGCAAGCUCCUAACCAUCCAGUUCACUCGGUGAAGACUGCGUCGAUUGGGACUUUGGGAAGAACUCGACCUCCCAUGCCAGUGGUAGUUCCCAGUGCCCCUGACGUGCAGGAGACCGCCAGGAUGCUCGAGGACUCGGAAAGCAGCUACGAACCGGAUGAGCUGACCAAAGAGAUGGCCCACCUGGAAGGACUUAUGAAGGACCUUAAUGCCAUCACUACAGCAUGACCACCUUCACCAGGACAUGACUCCAAACAGUUUCACAAGUCUUGGGACUCAGCCUUGGAACACAAGGAAUUGUACAGAGGGGGGGGGGAAGAAAAAAGAGAAAAAAAACAGGAAGAGGGACAGCACACGAGAGCAUACACAGAAAGCAAACGAACCAACCAGUGCGUUUGUGCUACAGCUGGUCAAAGAGAGAUGACCUCUCUGGUCAUCGUCCUGCAACGAAGUCAUUGCCAAGUCGAAUUCCGUUUACCGGCUGAGACCACGCAGGAUGGGACGCAUCAGGCUGAAAUCCAGCAUCCA